UUAUGUCAGAAAUAGAGGAAAUAAAUUUGGAAUAGACUACAUCUAAGAAUAGAUAAUAGAGACAGUAGUAAAAUUAAAAAGGAAAAACUCGAAAACCAAUUAGAAGAUUCAAGAGAUAGAAUAAUUCAUUUUAAUUCAGAGGUAGGGAUAGAGAAAGAGAUUUACCUAGAUAAAAAGAAUGGAAAUAAUAAUAAUAAUAGAAUAGUGGAAAUCCUCCUGAACUCUAUGAAAUUGAUAUCUACAAUUUUUUAGCUAAGAAUUAGAUCUCAGAUCUCAUUGUAAUAGAUUAUUUAAUUUUAGAGCGAUAUAAAGACAAGAUGUGGUGAAUUAGUAAAACUUCAUAUUGUUGCAAAUAAUAUUCAAGAAAAUGAGUCUGAAACUAGAGUAUAAAUAUAUAAUAUAUGCAGGUUAUUCUAAAAGCUUUUUUUAAGGAUAAAAAAUCAGCUGAUGAAUGUUAUUUUUAAUAUAGUGAUGCCACUUUAGAUAAGUUGCUUUUAAGAACAGAGCGUAAAUAUUGAU